UACCACUAUUGGUGGACUGAUAGCGGACGGGAUGUCAACUUUACUAGCUUUGAUGGAGGCUCAUACUCGAUUGAGUGGUCAAAGGGCGCCAAUUUUAUUGGUGGCAAGGGAUGGAACCCUGGCGGUCGCAAAAAUGUGAAAUACUCGGGCACUUACAGCCCCAAUGGCAAUAGUUAUCUUGCCUUAUAUGGAUGGACUACCUCUCCCCUCGUUGAGUACUACGUGGUGGAAUCUUUUGGCAACAAUGAUCCUUCUACCGACAAAGAAAAGAAGGGCGAGGUUACCAGCGAUAACGGCAUAUACGACAUCUAUGUUAGUAGCCGGAAGAAUGUGUCGUCUUCGGAGCAGACCGUCAAGCAGUACUGGUCCAUCCGACGUGAAAAGCACAUCAAUGGAACAAUCACCACGGGAAACCAUUUCGAUGCUUGGGCUCGUGUCGGCCUGGAGCUUGGCUCGUUUGAGUAUAUGAUCAUGGCCACGGAGGGACAUCUCAGUAGCGGCUUUGCGUCGAUUACUGUC